AUGGAGUACAUCGACGACGAGGGUCUGGGGCCAGAACCCGAAUCCGACGCCACUGACCAGGGAGAAGACGAGGACGAGGAAGAAGAGGACGACGACUAUCAGGAGAGCCUCUCCUACGAGCCUCAUCACGUCUUCCCCAUCCACCAUCACCAUCCAAUGUCCUUCUCCCAUCAAUCAGCCUAUUAUCAGGAUCUGGACGGCUACUCCUCAGACGAUCUGGACGAGUCCGAUGGGAACGGCGCAGCCCUGGUGGAGUACGCAGGUCCUGGGCUGCUAGACCCCAACAUGGACGUGAACAGUAGUUUUUCAGAAGCCGGCAGCGAGCUCGACUACUCCAGCGAAAGUGAUGAGAGUGGCGAGAGUAGCCCGGACUCAGCACUGGAUGAUGCGAACACUCCCCUGACUAUGACCUUCAUGGGUACCCUUCCUCAGCCUUUGGUACCACCAGCGGUACCUAACCCUCCCGGCCUGUCCUUGCCGUUCGAGCAGCUCGCUGCAGAUGCCACCGGUCAGGCCCUUGCCGCAUGGUACGAGGGUACUCACCCCGUUGCAUUGUCAAACCCAAAUCCAACCACCAUUGGACCAAGCAACUACGGCCUGACCGACUUCUUACAUCAUUGGGCACGUCAGAGCCGCAUCCUACAUGGAUUGGCUCGAGGUAGGUGUCCAUGGCCCGCCGAGGUCAACGACUUGGCUUCGUCGGACCUUAGGCGGGUGUCCUACAACGAUCUUCAGGGUGAUGGGUGCGAUUUCCAGGGCGUCAACUGGAAAAGAAUCGGCGUUACGAGGAGCGCAGCUCGGGAGCGCCGGCUUCUUACCUACAGCAACUACGUUAACGUCCCAGACUCGGACAGGUGGACUCCAAAUCUCCCCGAUGUAGCACUUCCUCGGAGCGAAGCCUUCUUCCGCUUUAGGUGUAUGGACAUAAGACACAACGUCAACUUGUCGCACUUUCAGUUGCGGAAUGUGCUGGCAACUACCUCGAGGUCGCGCGCCUUCUACCCGGGCAUGGGCGCCGUCCAUCAGUUUAACCCCACGUCAGGCCACGGCCGUGCUGUGAUAAGGCUCAGCGACGCGGUCGGUUCACAAAUCUCGGCCUUGGACGCUGGCCAUGGCGUUCUUGUUGCUGGCAGCUUCCAUGGCGAAUACUUCAUUCGCCACUUGGACUCUGGGGAGCCCGAGAGCGAGGCUUGCCGGAAAGGCAUCAUAACCAACGACCUAAGCGGCAUCACGAACCAUGUCCGGGUCCAUCAAGCCCGAACUUCCUCAGCCCCAUUAGCCUCGCUAGCCUCCAACGACAAAGUUUUCCGCGUUCUGGAUCUAGCCACCGAGACAUGGCUGUCUGAAGAGACGUUCGACUUUCCCCUGAACUGCAGCGCUUUGUCCCCUGACGGACGCCUUCGCGUCAUGGUGGGUGACAGCCUCGACGUUCUCAUCACGGCGGCCGAGUCCACCGUCGGAGGAGGUCGGCCCGAGAUUUUCCACAGGCUGCCUGGGCAUCGCGACUACGGCUUCGCCUGCGAUUGGGCCGACAACGGCUGGACAAUCGCAACCGCCUUCCAGGACAAAGCCAUCAAGAUAUGGGACGCCCGGUGGCUCGCCGACAGCUCAGGAGCUUCGGCGCCCGUCUGCACCAUUCGCAGCGAGAUGGCGGGCGUGCGGAGCCUCAAGUUUUCGCCCGUUGGCAGCGGAAAACGGGUGCUCGUCGCGGCGGAGGAAGCCGACUUUAUCAACAUCAUCGACGCCGAGACCUUCCGCUCCAAGCAGACAGUCGAUGUCCUUGGUGAGCUCGGCGGCGUUGCCUUUGCGAAUGGCGGGCAGGACCUCGUGGUUCUGUGCUGCGAUCACACUCGCGGCGGCAUCCUGCAGCUGGAAAGAUGCGGGCUGACAGGCGGCGAUGACGAGGACGAGGAAGAGGAACCGUCAUUGUGGGAUUCGGACGAUUACACUCAGUGGCGCAGAGGGAGUUCGACCACCCGCGACUGGCCAAGGUCUAUCUUCACCGAGCGGAGGCGCAUCGCUUCGCGCCGCCACGGCAGUGUUGCGUCGAGGGUGGAGAUUGAGCCGUUUUGA